CAACGGGUGCUGCCUAGAACCUUCCAGUGUGUUCACGUGUUUGUGUUUUUAAGGUUGGACUUGCGGCAACAACUCCUUCAUUCAGAAAGAUCACUGGACAUUAGAGCUAAAGCAGAAUAGGACACAGCUGUGAGGACAGAAGAAGACAUGUCGGAAGGCGAACAGAACGGCAGGAGAUAUCCCCGGAAUCUUCAGGGGGUUUUACAGAUGGCAGUAGAUGCUGGACCAGCAGCAGAGGCUCCAACUCCAGUUCAGCCAAUGUCAGAGGAGAGAAAAACGUGGCUGCGGGAAGCGCUUUCUGAAGUCUGUAAAGGCCAGCUGGAUGAAGUAGAACAAAUAAAGCAGUGCUUGUCCGUCCUGCGUAAAGAAAAUGUGGGUGACAAGGAUGAAAAUGGAGAAGAAAUGAGGGACGAAGAUGAUGAGGACGAGCGGGAGUCGGCCUUUGAGAUGCUGUCAGAGUUGUGCGAGAACCUGGAUAAUGCUAGAGAUCUGAUGGUGCUUGGUGGACUAGAAUUGUGUGUCUCUCGGUAUUUGUGUCACGUCCAGAGCGGGCUGAGGUGGCGUGCUGCUGAGCUCAUUGCCUCCUGUGCUCAGAACAUGCCACAGCUUCAGGACCACCUGCUCAGUAUUGGGACUCUUCCAAAGUUGCUUCAACUAACGGAUUCUGACCCGAACCCCACCGUCAGGGUCAAAGCACUUUAUGCGGUCUCAUGUUUGGUUCGAGAGCAGGAAGCCGGGCUUCAGGCCUUUUUGGCUCAUGAUGGAUUCUCGGUGCUGAUGAGAGGCAUGCAGUCUGAAAACGAGAAGCUCCGGACCAAAUCUGCUUUCCUCCUGCUAAACCUGUUGACCUCACACCCUGACCAGAAAGAACCGCUGGUGUCUAUGGGGAUGGUGCAACAGCUGGUGUCAGUUCUCCGCACGCCACAUUCUCAUUUCCACGAACAUGUUCUUGGUGCACUUUGCUGUUUGGUGGAGGACUUUUCCAAAGCUGUGACAGAAUGCCGGAUCCCCGCUCUGGGUCUGGAGGAAUUACUCCGACAGAGAGCCAAAGAUCUCCAAGGAAAAGAAGAAAGUCAAGAAGAGCUUGAGUUCUGUGAGCGUCUCAGGAAGAUUUGUUUCAGUGUGCAGCAGUCAGAAGACUUGGGAAUGGACCGCUAAGGCUCUUAUUUAUUUAUUAUUUUACCCAUUUUGUUUGAUCAUCAGUAUAUAACACACAAAAUGGAACAGAACAAUGUUUUUUUGGUUUGAGCUGAGGCUCUUUUUGUCAUGGCUGUUAUGUUGUAUAAAAUCCAGUGGCUGGAUUUUAUUUCAUAAACCUUUAAAUAAAUAAACAUUUUUUAUAUACUAAAAUUAGUGCUCAUUUUAAGAACUGCAACAAUGUAUACUGGUUACUGUUGGCUUUAAAUAUGAGAAAUGGAAUGCGAGGGUUGCUAAUAAUUGAAAGAUAAUAUUUUUACAUUGCAGUGUACAUUUAAAGAGUAAUAUACCAAAUCAUUAAUUUUUUUGUGGGAUUAAGAUCAAUCUUUGAUAAUGUUGGGACUUGUAAUGGAAAUGCAGCAUCUUUUUAUUCAACAAAUGACCAAAA